CAUCCCUUCACUACCAUUCUUCCCUUUUCCCCUUCCCCCAUUUUCGCCACCCCAAAAAUGACAACGAGAUUCAAGAAAAACCGUAAGAAACGUGGCCACGUCAGUGCCGGACAUGGUCGUAUUGGCAAACACAGAAAACAUCCAGGUGGACGUGGUAACGCUGGUGGUAUGCAUCAUCAUCGUAUCCUUUUCGACAAAUACCAUCCUGGUUAUUUCGGUAAAGUUGGUAUGCGUUAUUUCCACAAACUUCGUAACAAAUUUUAUUGCCCAACUGUUAACAUUGACAAACUAUGGUCACUACUUCCACAAGAAGUGAAAGACAAGGUGCAAGCUAAUAAAGGUGGUGCUGCUCCUUUGAUUGAUGUUACACAGUUUGGGUAUUUUAAGGUUUUGGGUAAAGGUGUUUUGCCUACAGGACAACCUGUUGUUGUGAAAGCUAAGUUGGUGAGUAAGAAUGCUGAGAAGAAGAUUAAAGAAGCUGGUGGUGCUGUUGUUCUUACUGCUUAGGUGUUUUUUUUUGUUGAAGUUAAUGUUUUUGAUUAGUUUAAUGGAGAUUUGAACUUGGGAUUAUUAUUACUUGUUUGAUGAAGUACUUUUGAUAUGUUGAAGGUUAAUGAGAUCUUGCCCGUCAAAGCACCUAUUGAUAGAAAUUGGUACUAUAUUA